AUCCUACCUGCUGAUUGUUUCAGUUAAUAAACUUUCAGCACAGCUGCUUUGCAUAGUUCUCUGCCUAAUUGUGACUCAGCAGAAGCUGUUAGUAUAUUAACCUGCGCCAGCGAGCAGUCUCCCAGCAGUCGGAAAAGGUUCCAGAAAUACAGACGCCGUCUCUCCAUAUUCUCCCAACAAUGCCUGACUACGCCUUGAUCUAUUUCCCCGUCAGAGGAAGGGCGGAAGCAAUCAGGCUGCUGCUGGCAGAUCAGGGCAUCGACUGGGAAGAGGAUGAAGUACAGAUUGCAGAUUGGGUUUCGGGAAAAGAUGGCAGAAAGAAAGAUGCGGUUUUUGGUCAGCUGCCCGGGUUUCGGGAUGGAGAUUUUGUCCUGUAUCAGAGCAAUAGUAUUCUUAGGUAUCUGGGUAAUAAACAUGGACUGGAUGGGAGCGAUGCUCAUGAAAGAGCUGUCGUAGACAUGGUGAAUAGCGGAGUGGAAGAUCUGAGACAGAAAUAUGGGCGUUUUCUCUAUUUUGAAUAUGAAACGGGUAAAGACAAAUAUCUUGAGACUCUCCCUGCGCAACUGGAUCUGUUUGAGAGGAUCCUUUCAAAAAAUGCUAAUGGAUCUGCAUUCAUUGUGGGGAAUAAGAUAUCGUAUGCGGAUUAUAACCUGCUAGAUACCCUCCAUUGUCACAUUGAUUUGUCCCCAACGUGCCUUUCUAACUACCCCUUGCUCUCUGCUUAUGUGGAAAGACUUGUCUCUCGACCAAAACUCGCCAAGUACCUAAACUCUGACGUCUGCAAGAGGCGGCCUAUUACCCCUAAGCACAAAUGAAAAAUGUUAUUUAUCCAUUCAUUUACUGUAAUGUCUCAGCUUCUCGUAGUAGCUCCAGCAUCGAAAUCUGCAUUAGGGAUAAUUACAUGAAAAUAAAUACCAUUUAUAUAAGAAUAAA